CACACACACACACACAUAUUAUUGGACCAUUUCUAUUUUUCUCACUUUUGCGUGCAUAGAGAUUUCAUCCCUGGCCAUUAGCCAUGCUGGCUGGAGCUGAUGAGAGCUGUAGCCCACAAUAUCUGGAAGAGACCAUGUUGGCUACCCCUGGAGCAGGCAAAAAUUACAGCAGAUGAACCAGCGAUCUGACCUGAGAUGAGAACUGCAGACAGAUUCUGGUUAUGAAGGAAGGAAUUUAUCCAGCCUGAGGUGGCUCUGGGGUUUCCCCCUUGUAUUGACUUCUUGAAGUUCUGUUGGAAUCUCCCGUGGCUCGGCCUCUGCGUUGGCGAACUUCUCAGGUGCACGGCUGCCAGGGAAUCCUUCGUAAGGUCACUUCCUGCCAGCAGUAUCAACUUACCUCUAGGUAACUUGUUAGUGGCUCAUGCCCAACUGAAAGCCGAUCCCAUUGUGGCUGAUAACCUCCUGUCUUGCAAGGACUCUUCAGCUUUUAAGCGGCCUGGUUUUGACUUGAUGAUGAUUGUUUUGAAUCUGAAGCGCCAGCACUGAACGGCCCUUCUUCUUCCCCCCUCCCCUCCUUUACAGCAGUCGACAAAGAUGUCCACCACCAAAGUGCCCAUCUACCUGAAAAGAGGAAGCAGGAGGGGCAAGAAGGAGAAACUGCGAGACAUCCUCUCUUCAGACAUGAUCAGCCCACCGCUAGGGGACUUCCGGCACACAAUUCAUAUCGGCAGCGGUGGGGAGAACGACAUGUUUGGUGACAUCUCAUUUCUCCAAGGGAAGUUCCACCUCCUGCCCAGGACAGAGGGCAACGUGAGUCCAGGUGGCACCAGCCAGUACAUGGUGCCGUUCGAGUUCUCGAGGACCGCUACCAUCUCGGGUUACGAUCCGCCGCCUUCGGACAUCCCCUCCCCUCUCCUCAAAAACGCCAUCUCCCUGCCGGUCAUCGGUGGCUUGCAGGCGCUGACCCUGCCUUCUGCUCCACCCCCGCCCAAACCGCCGCGCCUGCACCUCGACGACAAAGCCCAAGCCGCUCACCAGACGAAUGACCUUGUGCUGAGUCCUUCCUGCGCUGUAUCUGCUAGGACUUCGGAACCCCUUGGCGCCGCCAACGGCAAGUGCCCGGCCCCUGUGAAUGGGUUCUCAGGGGAAGAAAACAAAGACAAGGCUUUCAUGUCCCACGCAGGCUCCCUGCUCUCCCUUCACGUGGACUUGGGCCCGUCGAUUUUGGACGACGUCCUGCAGGUGAUGGAGAAGCACCAAACGGCAGAUGUGGGUGCUCCGUUGCAGGAUUCCGGCAGACAGGAAAUCCUGACGUAAUGAGAAAGGCGGCCGGCGGAGGGGGACCUGUGACUUUGAAAGCGCAGCCUUUUUGUACAUAAGAGAGUGUUUUGCUGUUAAAUUGGGUGACUGGGGGUGCGUGUGCAGGCAAGGAUGUGCGCAAACACCUGUGUGAGAUCCUUUGGUGCAGCUUCACUAGUAAUAUAAUUCCUCCCAGCUUUCAAAGAGCAUCUUGCAGAAUGCAGGCUUCACUCCUUACAAUGCAACACUCCGUUUCGACAAAAGCUGAGAUGGGUCCCUGUCUUGUAUGCUCUUGGCAGGCUCUACACAAACACACCCUUCUACUGAAACUUGUAUUGGAAGCAAAGCAAUAAAUUAAUAAGCAUCUGUUAAGUUACCCUCGUGAACAAAUGUGAACAAAUGUUAUGGGUGUGGAUCCUGAAAAGCUGAUGGUUAAUUGAUGGGUUGGGGAAGAAAACCUCAACAGUGAAGAGGUGUGUGUUGUUGUACAUUCUUUGUAGCAGGAGUGGCGGGGACGAUGUUGCGCUGUGCAUUGAUGGGAAGGGCGGCACGGCGCUCUGAGCAGUCAUCAGAGAGUGCUGGAGGGAGGAGGAAGCCAUGUUUCUAGCGCUGGAAUGUAAACAGGAGUCAGGAUAUUUCAUUUAAGUUCUUAAGCUGGUAAUAUGGCCAUGUUAAUGAAUAGUUAAGGGAGGCAUUCCUGUGCUGGAAUUUCAUGGGAAAAGACUCUGAGUCAUACAGGUUGGCUGUGGCUGGUGCAGUUUAGGGAGCUGCCUUAUAACACAUCACACUAUUUAUCUAGAUCAGGAUCAUCUGCUCUGAUUGAUGGCAGGGUCCUAAGCAGAGAAGGUGCCUUUCCCAUCACUUGCUACCUGAUCCUUUUAACUAGAAACGCCAAGAUCUGAACCUUAGUCCAUAGUUAAUGCUAUUUCCAUUUUCCCUGUGUGUGUUUCUCCUUCUCUGAUGGCAGAAAGAUGGGAUGUUAAAUUGGUUUAUUUACAGGGCACCACUCCUUGGUGGUGACUCAGCAGCCAACAGCAUAGAGAGGACUGUGGUUUAGCUGUGGAGCACCUGUUUUGCAUGCAGGAGAUCCCAGGAUCAACACCUGGCAUCUCCAGGUAGACAUGGGAAGGACCUCUGCUUGAAGCUGCCGGGAGCCACUGCCCGUCAGUGAGCUAGUUAAACCCAUGUUUUGAUUCAGGAGAAGACAGCUCCCUAUGUUGCCAUUGGAAUCCACGCUUUAUUCAGAACCAUGAGGACUGGAAUCUUACUUUCUUUUUAGCAGAAUGGCUGCAGGUCAGUGGCAGAGCACAUACUCUGCAAGCAAAAGAUCCUUGGUUCAAUCAAUCCCUGGCAUCUCCAGGUAGGACAGGAGAGAGACCAUCGCCUGAACUUCAAGAAAGUUACUGCUUGUCAGUGUGGAUAAUAGUGAGAUGGACCAAUGGUAUAAGGCAGCUUCCUGGACUCCUGUUACAGUAUAUGGUUAUAUUGUUCAGAAGAGAGGGUUGCCUCGUGGCUGCGGCUCUCCUCUUUUGGCCGUUCCUGUGCUUGGUUUUUCCUGCACCAUCCUGGCCGCUUCUGUAGUCGGCUGUCCAGCAAAGCAGACAAAGCCCCAUUUCAGCAUCUUCAGGGGAAGAAUAAAUAGAGGCUUGUUAAACUAACAAACCGUGGCCUGGCAUUGUCCCCAGGCAACUGGCUGUUUGGCAGCCGUUUCUCAUCCGGCCCAUCUGUCGCUGCAAAAGGCCGCUUCGCAAGGGGACCCCGUCAGGAUGCUAGGAUGUUGUCAGUCCCCCGGCACAUGACAAAAGGUGACUCUCGAAUAGGGGCAGGCUUCGCCAAGAAAGCCAUUUUCUGCGUCCCAAGUGACUUUUGGGCAGAGACUGCUGUUGCAGCUUCUUUGGAGCAUCUUUGGCCUUAAGCCAAGUUUAAAAAUCUCUACUUGAUAGCAUGGCUUCCUUGAGGACUGACUCCCUGCCAGAUGCGUACUGGGUUUGUCCCAAGAAUGGAUACUCCAAUCUGUGGCGUUUCACUUUGGGUUCUCCAAAAUUCACUAGAAAGCUGUGUUGGAUUUAAACAAAUUCAAAAGGGGCCCUGAAUUCGAAUAUUGCGAAUCUUUAUUUUUAUGUCCCCCAAAGCUAUUUAUGAUACAGCACCAGCAACUUAUAUCAGGGAGGGGCGGGGAGCUUUGGGCCCAGGGGCCAAAUGUGGCCCUCAGAGUUCUCUGUCUGGCCCUCAGGGCCUUCCUAGGACUGGUGCUGCUUCACACAUUUCCUCUGUUUUUGCUUGACUGAAGUGUGUCUUCGAACACUGAUGAUGCUUCCUGCUUGCCUAGCCAGAGAACAUGGUGUAGAAACUGCAAAGGUAACGUUUCGAUUAGUUGCUCUGGCCACUUUUGCUUCUGGCCCUGCACACCUUGAGCACGUGGCCCCUGGAAGGCUGCCCAGAAGGGAAUGUGGCCCUCAGGCUGAAAUAAGGUUCCCCAUCUGUGCUGUGUAUGAACUGUUAAAAAGAAGGAAGCAGAUGGAUGUUGGUGGUGGUGGUGGUGCUGGGGAGACAAACAGCAUGAAAGGAGGAGGGAAUCCUAGAACUAGAGCUGGAAGGGACCACAAGGGUCAUCCAGACCAACCCCCUGCAAUGCAGGAAUCUUUCACCCAAUGUGGAGCUUGAACCCAUUACCCUGAUUUUACCCAUGACAACUGAGCUAUCCACAGGGGAGAGGCAAGGCUGAUGGGUAAAGCUAAUAAGUACAUGUGUGCUUAGUGGCUGCUUUCCAAUGAAUAUUGGAGGAUUCAGGACAGACAAAAGAUGGUACUUCUUUAUGCAGUGCAUAGUUAAGCUAUGGAACUCACUCCCACAGGAGACAGUGAUGGUGACCAUCACGAGUAACUUAGGAGGACUGGACCAAUUCAUCAUGAGAUCUAUGGCUUCUAGCCACAAUGGCUGUGUGCUUUUGGAUAUCUCCAGUGUGCUUCUGAAUAUCUAGUUGGGAAUUGGGCAAAAGAUUCUUGCAUAGCAGGGGGUUGGACUAGAUGACCCCCGUGGUCCCUUCCAACUCUCCAAUUCUAUGAAUCACAAGUAGGGAUUCUACUGCAUUCACUCAGGUCCUGCUUGGCAGCUUCCCACCAGUAUUUGGUUGGCCACUGUGAGAGCAGGAUGCUGGACUAGAUGGGCUUUAGGAUGUGCUAUGGGAGAUCCAGGUUGGUUGGUUUUUUUGAGUUUUACAGUGGGAGGGAGAAACCCUUUGGAAGCACAAUUCUGGGGUUUGGGGAACUUCAAUUUCCCAUUGCAAAUGGCUCUCUUGAGGUAGCUCUUUGCAGCUUUAAUGAAAAAGGUACCCAUAUGUGGGAGAAAAUCGCCACAGGGAUGAGAGUUAACGCCUCCUCUGCCAGCACUGCAGUGCUGAUCAGAUUUGGGCUCCCCUGCAACUGAUAUUAAACUUAUUUUAAAAUAGUA